AUGGCAGCAGCACGAGAAGUUAUUCAGGAUUGGGCAGAUGGAGAAGGAUGCUAUACAUUCGAGAGAGGGCGAAUGGAAGCUGCCGUCAGGAACAUAUGCUUCGAGAAGCCAAUCGCUUUGCACUCUAACACAACAAAGCCAAGCAUUAAGCUGAAUAAGGAAGACGUAGAUUUUAUUGUAAGUGAGCUAGCGAUUUCGAAAUCACAAGCAGAAGAGGCUCUGGCGAAACAUCAAGGCGAUGUGACCAAAGCAUUGACAGAAUUGAUGUCACCACCAGCUCAAAAGUCACAAUAA